AUGUCUAACGAGAGCUGCUAUUCUAAAGACACAGCAAGAUAUAGCACCGCCAAAGAUCGAUUGACAGCCCCUAAUACGACGUACAGAUGUUGCUCGAAGCAGGAAUCAUGGCUUUUGACGCUGGAACAACGGUACCUGGAAGCAUAUUUUGGGCAUCUUAAUGGAAUGGAAGGAGAUGAAGAUGAUACAUGCGAAACAAGCCAAUCAGAUAAAGACUAUUGGCAAAAAGACCCCGACUUGAUUUGGCUGGAGUUCAUAGAGUAUGCCCAUUCAUUGCAUCAAGACCACUGGGACUUCAUAGAGGAAAAGAGGAGGGGAAUUAGCCCAACAUUAAAACUCGGUUUUGAAGCUUUGGAGGAUUCAUGAGUAAUUGGUCAACAGCAAUUUAUGGCAAGUCUAAUAAAUCCACGAACACAGCACACUCAACGUGAAAAGCCACCUUUUAGAGAAUUCACAGCAAACUGCAUUGAAGCUUACGAUUUCCAGGAUUAUAGAGUAAUUCUAGUAAGUUUUAUCAACACAGAAUUGGCGGAAAUAUUUUUAAUCGAUAUUGAUCCACUUGAAAAAUCUACAAAAUUAAGUCUUUACAUAAAGCGGCCAAAAGUCCCAAAAAAAGGGAUUAAGGUUUUUUGAUCCACUUUUAACUAAGCUGUUCUUGAAUCGAAAUACCGUUCCCAACCAGAGGUAGUAGGUGAAUAGCUCAUCUAACUAAAAAUAUGUUAACAAUUCCUUGGGCUCUUCAAAACGCUGAGUUGCUUUGGAACUCGAUCCACAAGAUGAAAGCUUUAGCAAAAACAAUUUUAUGUAGCCAUAUACAGAAGAAACCAAUUUGAUAGUUAAAAAGAUGUAUAAACCC